AUCAAAUUCACAUUCAGAUUUCAGAAAAUUACCUACUGUCGCGAUUAGCGAACUCAUGAAAAAUAUAAACCUAUAUUUUGUUAAGAAAUUGUUUAUAUUUUUAUUAACUAAAGGAUCAUUUAAUUGUUAACUUUAUAAAAUAAAAUGUGCUAAUAAAUCAUGUCUGACUCCAAAUUACCACCCUUUCUCCUCCAGGAACUACCAGAUAUUACAGAAAGUGUAAAUUUUCCCAUCAAGAAUAUUCAACGAAUUAAGUAUACUUGCUUUGAUGUAUCAAAGUCUUUGAUUGCAUUUGGAGCAACAAGCGGAGGGAUUUAUGUUUUUAACAGAUGGCCUUGUGAAUUCAUACAACUUAUUCCUAAUAAGGAUGGGCCAGUAACUCGGCUAGCCAUAUCAGCUGAUGAGAAGCACAUCGGCUUUGCUAACGGCAAAGGCAUGGUUACAGUAACAGAAUGUGAUCAGACGUUGAGCAGAAAUUAUUCAACAACAUCGUCAAAGGAACACCUAGGAAAUGAGGUUACAGCUAUGAUCUGGAGUCGGAAUAUGCUAUUUAAUGGAGAUGAUGUGGGCAAAAUAUCAGUUUUGCAGCUGCAGAGUUUUAUCGCAAAAACAAUGUUCCACAGCUCAUCUCAAACAAUAAUGAGUUUAGAUUCGCGAAUAUGCCAACUGGACACAAGAGAUUGCAUGCUACUAGUCUCAACGUUAACUCGUUGCUAUAUUUGUAAUACGGCACAAGAACAAUACAGACAGAUCGGCCAGAAACUGAGAGAUGGUGAAUUCGGAGCAUGCUUUGUGACCACAGAAAAGACUAUCAGUAAUGGGACUUCAGAAAAUAAUGUCCAAGAUAUAACAGAAGUGAAGAAAUAUAACAUAGUUGACGAUGAUGCAAGAUUCGUUGUGGGUGACGAGUUUUCGAACACGCUUAUCUAUUGCGCAAGGCCGUCGUCUCGUGUAUGGGAAGCGACUGUAGACGGCAUGGUCCGUAGAACACAUCAGUUCAAACAAGUACUAGCCAAACCGCCUAUAAAGAUCGUCACUGUUGAAUCUUAUGAAAAUGAAAACCUUGAUAUUGAAAACACAACUGAUUGUUCCCAAGGCCAGUCUGUAAAUUUUUCACGAAUAUACUCAAUGAAUAGUGCCAUUUUUUCGUAUAAUAAACACGCGUUAUACUUUUUAAAUAUUCACAACUUGGACGAUACUAUUUGGUGUGCUUACAGUGAUAUUGUUGAUUGCAAACUUUACCAUGAUAUUUUGUAUGUGUGGCUUUCUAAUGGCUCUUUUGUAAGCUUGAAAUUCAUCAAAAUUGACAAAUUUUUAGUUAAAUGCUACCUUGAUGAGAAAUAUGUGUUGUGUGGAGAACUGUGUGCCUUGUAUAAGAAUUAUUUGCUAGAAAACAAUUUAUCAUUAAAAAUGCAUAUUUUAGUAGGAUUAAAAGAGAAGCUGAGAAACAAUGGCUUGUUGAAAUCUAUUGAGGACUUUCUAGAUGAAAUCGAAAAGUUAAAACCUAGUGAAGCAACGCAGUUGAAGUCUGGGAUAUUUGUAGUUGAUAACUCAUAUCAUACGCAGUCACUAUUAGAUGAUAAUUUUGAUACUAAGCAUAGUGAAGAUAAUCUCUUCAAUACACUUUCUCCAGAAGCAUUACAGGCUUUGAAGGGGCUCAGUGAAACUGUAUCUGGUAAAUUCAAUACAAGCAAAAAGAUAUUAAAAGAGAAAUGGGAGGAUUUUGAAGAAAAAAUGAAAUAUUUAGGCACAGAUAGAAACACACAAGAUCUCACUCCCAUAAGACAGCUACAAGACAAUGAAAAUGCCCCAAAAUGGAUAACGCGUGACGAUUACACUUUCGAAGAUACGCCUAUAGUUUUAAACAAUGAUAUUAUAUUUAAAGAAUCUAGUCAGGAAACCAUUGAAAUAGACAAUAAUUUAGGAAGGAGCAAGGAAGAUAAAUUUUGUAAAUUAUUGUAUCAAUAUGCAAGGUUAAGCUUAGUCAAUAAGGAGUCAGAGUUGUCGAAUUUAACCUCCAUAAUAGAGGAUUAUAGCUGUGAUAUACACGAAAUACAUGAACUAAUGCUCUCAUUAGAACAAUAUUGCGUAUCCGUAGGAGCUUUAGACGAUUCUAAAUUUGUACCUAACAAUAUAUUCCUUACUUAUUUAAACACUACGUCGCGGAAAGGCGAGUUGCUAGAGUUAAUAAUAAACAAUGAAGUUUUGUAUAAAUAUUUUGUGGAUUCAUGCAUAUCUGCGAAUGUGAAGACUCAGAAAUUGAUGAAUAUCGGCUGUGAAUGUGGUUUCCCUUUGCCGUACAUACGGACGAGUCAAAUGCCUGUAUUUUCGAAUUUAAUAGACGAGUUCAUAGAGAGGCAAUGGUCGAGUCAAACAAAGGAACAGUGCUAUGAAAUCUGUAAGCGGAUGCCGUAUUUGUGGAAGAAAAUUUUGUACUUGAGACGGAAUGAAGAUUUGUUGCAUGUUCUACGGAUAUUGUUACAAAUGUUAGACGAAAGUUUGCUUCAUUCGUUCUUACCACAGUUCACGUUGGAUACCUGGGAUCGAGCUAUACAAUUGUACGCGACUUUACACGCUAAUAUAUGUCUAAAUUGCAAUAAAAAGUUUGAUAAUAUAUCCGUGAAAGAUAUGUUGAGUUGGGAUGAUCUAGGAGCGCUAAUAAUCAAGUCAAUUGGGGGCAGAAACGCGAUAAAUGUGAUGAAGAAACAUGGAAGUUUAAUAGAUAGAAGCGCACUCACUAUAAAGUUUUAUCAUACGAGUUUAAUGGUGUGCUUGUACGAGAAAUAUGAUGUGACAAUCACAAUACCUUUGGUGGAUACUUUGUACAGUGCAUAUGAAUUUGAAGAGUCAAGGAUGGAGGUGUGUUCUCUUCUCCAAGAAGCGUCGAGAGGAAAUAUAAAUAAUACAGCACUCCCGCUCAUAGUAAGUGCGACAUCGCAACACUGGGGCCUAGAAAAUGUAUACGAAAUUAUACAAAAACAAGCAAACACACAAAUAAAACUAAACAAUGUAUUACAAAUAAUGACUCAAAUGUAUAAAGUAUUAGAUUGUUCAUUAUGUGGGUUGCCAUUACAAAAUGAAUUUUUAAUUCAAGAUGGCGGCCUGUGGGCUUUCAAGUGUGGACAUGUUUUUCAUGGCGCGUGUUUAAGGUUGAAUAAAAUUAAAUUGUGCCCGUCUUGUACGUUGCAAUAGUUUUUUUUAUGUAUAAAUGUUUUUUUUUGUGUGUGCUUAUUGAGUUAUUAAUAAGUGUUAUGGAUAUGCUAUGAUUAUCUUACAAAACUAUCAUAAUCUAAAUACAUAAAUUAAUUAUUUAAAUAAUACCCGACCUAAAAUAUGCUCAAAGGUAGAUUACAUGGGUUGUUAAAUUUUAUGGGCCUAUUAAUUUUGUAACAUGAUACUUAAUAUAUUUUAAUAUUUUCUUUCUUUAUUUUUCGGAAUAUGGCAAAUAUCUUGAUAGAAAAUUUUACCUUACCUUUUUACUGUUUAUUAACUACCCUUAUAUACCUUGUUUAACUAUUGCUCUUGUAUUCACACUAAAUCUUAAGCGCUAUGUAAAAAAAAAUUGGUUGUUUGUAAAGUAGGUUUACGAUCGAGAUGUUUACGUGAUAACUUAAUGCAGUGGCAACGCUCGAGAUGAGACGGGAGAUCGGUCCGUCUCUCUCUUGUUAUACCUGCGAUCGCGCUCGUCAGGUUUUAGUGUGACACAAGUUUCUGAACAUGUCACCCGACUAAAACGAUUUUAAAGACGUUAUCACGUCAAAAUAAAAUCUUCAAAAAUGCUGUUUUUAUGGUAGUAUGAUAGCGAAAAUUAACCGAUUCUCUUUUUUUUGUUUAUGUUAAUUUAACUCACAUUUGAAUAUUCUGAUAGCACAUAAUAUAUGGUUGGGCAUGACAAUAGCUUCCUAAAUAAAAUAUGUAAUAGCAUAUCCAUAAUACUAUUAUUUCAUGAAAUUAUGUGUAGGUAUGUGAACUUGCUUUAAUCGAAUAUAUUAUGUUAUGAAAUGAUAUGAAUGGCCUAGUAUAUGUUUGUAUGGAAUAUAUUUUUACAUAGUUACAUAGAUAUAACUGCAGGCUUUUAUUUAAGUUUUAAGAGGCAUUUAUUUAGAUAUAUAUUUAAUAAGGCAUAGAUACAUAAUAAUUAUUCGUUUUUUUUUAUCUGUUUUGUUGACUAACUGAACUAUUCUAUGCUACUAUAACCAUCUUUAUAAUUUAUUACUGACUGAAGAAAAAGUGCACAAAAAACAUAAAAUUGUAUCACAGUUUUUUUUUAGUUAAUUCAUCCAAAUUAUCUGUAGAAUACGUCUCACUGUUAUUUAUUAUCCACCCAUAAAAUAUAGAGAAGUAAUAAGUGUCUAUUUCAAAGCAUUAUUUCGCAGUGGCCAUUGUUUUUACUAACCAAAAAAAUUGAAGCGCCUAUUAAGUUGUUAUUUAUCAUGUAAGUUGCUUAAACUAAAAAAAGCAAACAUUCAGGAAUUGUAAAUUUUUAAUAUUAUCUAGUCUAUUGCUUGAAAUUUUUAACAAAACCACCUUUUAAAUGAAUUUAUUAUGUUUAUGAACCUAUUUGUUUUGUUAUAAUUUUUAUAAUCAUUGAAUACUAAUACCUACUUAGUGCUUAAGCCAAAACUUAUACGUUAAAUCGUACCUAUUGUACUUACUAAGAAUUGUAAUCAUAAAUAUUAUGUAAAUAUUAUGUGUAUAUUUUUGUAAAUGUAGUAGACAUUGUAACCAUAUCAAUGUUAUAUCGUAUUCUUAUAAAUGUAUUGAAUGAUAUUAAUAAAAUAAUAUUGUAUUUAUA